UGGAAUCGUAAAGCUCAUGCAUAUAAUAUUCAGUUUUUACGCAGUUAGAAGGCUGUUCGUAGAAUUGAAAUUACUUCUCCCCCGUCCCUCCCUAGAGCGUUACUUUUUGCUCUUCGAGUCAUUUCCGGGAAUUGCUUUUCCUUGAUCGUGUCUUGUGCGUGUUGUCCAUUCAUUAUUCAWGAUGGAAAGUUCUAGUGAAGAGAAUUUGAUGGAAGAUUGUGAAGUUUAUUACAAGAGAGACCGCCCUCGAUUUACCAAACCUUUUGCUGUGACUGUAGUGGUGUGCAUUAUACUUUCUGUUCUCUGUACAGUGCUUGCAAUACUCUAUGCUCAAGCACAUGGCUCAACUCCUGAAGCUACUUCUGUCGAGAAACCUGGAAAGAAGUACAAAUUAUGCAAUGAUGAUCGUUGUUUUCAGCUAGGAAAAGCAAUAGUCCAUAGCCUAAAUCAAAGUGCAGAUCCUUGUAAAGAUUUCUAUGCAUAUGCUUGUGGCGGUUGGCAGGAAAAGCAUCCAUUGCAAAAAGGGAAAGAUGUCUCUAAAGUGAUAAAUCUUCUUUCGUCUGAAAUCCAAGUCAUUCUCAAAUUUGGUCUUGAAAACGCGAAACGGAACUACUCCAAGAAUGUUGCUGUAAUGAAAACGGCACGUUUUUACAAGUCAUGUAAAAACACCACAGCAAUAGAGUCAAGUGGAAUACAACCGCUGAUCAAACUGAUCGAAGACUAUGGUGGUUGGAGUAUAUUCAACAAUACUGACUCCAGCAUCAGUAUCGAAUCUAGGAUUGGGAAAGCAGCACGUGAACUUGAUGUCGAUUCUCUGAUUGUUUCAAGAGUUACUACUGAUUUUUACAAUUCUUCAAACAAAAUACUUAUGAUGAAGUAUGCCGUUCUUACAUUUCCGGACACAAGUUUCUAUUUUAACAAAAGUAAAGUGGUUCAAGAUGAGGUUAAAAAACAAAUAGUCGAGUUAGCAGAACGCUUCGGACUCAAUGACACAGCAGUGGCAAAAUUGUGGAGGCUUUACGAUUUUGAAACCAAACUUGCUCAAAUACAAAGUGGUAAAACACCAGAGGAAGAACUCAUGGAAUCUGUUCAAAAAAGUAUCCAAAAGAAAGAACCAAUCGACGAUUACAGGAUGAAAAUGAACGACUUUUGCACGAAAUCAGGAUUUUCGUGCCCACUUCUGAAAAGAAUCCUAAAGAUGACGUAUGGUCGAACCUUUGCUGGAAAUGAAUUACUACUUGUUACAAAUAUUACAUACUUUAAAAACCUAUACAAACUUUAUCAGAAAACAUUGGAUUCUGGGAAUGGUGAAGUUAUACGUGAUUAUGUGACGUUGCGAUUGGUGCGGAAAUAUCUUGCUUUUGUUAUCCCGAAUGCAUCACCAUUAAGGGAAUAUACUUGUAUCAGUGGUCAGAUGAUGAACGCUUUCGACAUGACGCUUGGAUUGCUGUACGUGAACGCUAAGUUUGACUUCAAAUCAAAGAUAACGGUUGAAGAAAUGACAAACGAUCUCAAGCAAUCGUUUGUCAAUCGACUCCAAAAGCAAACGUGGAUGGACGCAGAAACUCAAAGACUAGCUAAGGAAAAGGCCUUAGCUAUGCGGGUAUUAAUAGGUUAUCCAGAGUACAUAAAGAAUCCUAAAAAGCUAGAGAACCAUUACAAGCUGCUGAAUAUCUCAGAUGAGUUUUUCGAGAACAUGAAAGCAUUAAACCACUUUCUCAGAAUGAGAGAAAUCAACACCUAUGGGAAACCCAUAGACAAAAAUGCCUGGACUGCUGGAAGAUCUCCAGCCCAAGUAAAUGGAUUUUACAGUCCACUUGAAAAUAAGAUAACUUACCUGGCAGGCAUUCUACAAUUACCGUUCUACAGUUCAGAAUAUCCCAGCUAUAUGCAGUACGGAGGAAUAGGAAUGGUCAUUGGACACGAACUUACUCAUGGUUUUGACUCAAAAGGUCGACAGUUUGAUAAAAAUGGUAAUCUACACAACUGGUGGUCUCCCUCAUCUGAUGCUAAUUUCAAAGAAAAGUCCAAAUGUUUUAUCGACCAGUACAAUAAAUACAAACUCCAUGGAAUUAAUGUGAAUGGUUCUUUCACAAUCAAUGAAAACAUUGCUGACAACGGUGGUAUCAAAAUCGCUUACGAUGCCUACCAGAGAUGGGCUAGUAGGAACGGGACCGAAAAAAUACUCCCUGGUUUAGAAUUGACCCCUGAUCAACUAUUCUUCAUCAGCUUUGCA